CGGCUGCCCUUCCUAGCACGUUAUUCAAGGACCCGAAAGCAGUUGCGGAACUCAGACGAUCGCUUCACGCUCAUAUCACGCGAACACCCCCUGCUUUGACCAGCAUAUCAGAAGUGAUAUUUAUUCCAGCAAAAUGUAUAAAUAUUAAUAGUCUAUUAAAAUUGAACAAAAUAUAUGUCUUAAAUAUUUGUCAAGUUGAUAUAAAACACUAUUUUGAAAUAAAUUAAACAGACUGGAAAUACAAUCUUCUACACAGCCCAUUUUUGAUGACCGCAUCUUCACCUCUAUCGUGUGCGCAGAUGCAACAUCCACUUUCGCAAAGACGCUGUUUAUAAACGGAUUCAUGGGAUAUUAACGGUCUCAUGGGAUACUUUACCAGUUUAAACUAGCGGUGAACUGAAAUAAUGGCUCCUCAACCCCUCAUCAAAUCAAGACAGACAGAAAAAACUAUAAAUGGAAUCCCAACUCAAGUUGUUUGCACAGAAUUCAGCAACUACAUUUUCAUAGUUCUGACACAAUAUGGAAAAAUUGGGACUCUUGUGUCAAUCACAUCUGACUCGAGGUCUGGUGACAUCGAUGUACCCAUGUUCACUACCAAAGUACUCUUAGGAAAGGAUGAGCCUCUGACACAUGUCUAUGCCAAAAAUGUCACAACAUUUGUCUUGCAGGAAGCGGGCAACCGACCGGUUCUAUUGGGCCUCUCUCUUAAAGACAAUAGUGCUGAAACUAUGAAAACUGUUAAAGAUAUGAUCAAAGGGUGUCAAGUUUGGUAAACAGAAUGUUUGUGGAGGUCACAAGCGCACUAUUUUUGGAUGAGGACAAGUGAUGUGUCUUGCACAAAUAAUUGUCCUGUUUUGGUAUAAACCUGGAUUUUCUGUCUUGAAUUUAGGUGUACACCAGAUACUUGAGAUUGAAAUUUAAAACUGAUAGCACUGUCCAAGAUCACUCGCUUUUCCUCAGUCUUAGUGCAUGGCUUUAAACUGUAUUAGAUUAAUUAAUGCUUAAUUAAAGUUAUAUUUUUUACCUCUAACUUUGGUGAUUAUUAUAUGUCUUUCACUUUGGAGAAGGGCCAGGAUACACAUUAGCCUCACAUGCCACUCUCUGCCAUGUCAGGGUUAUUAUAGUUUAGGAUUUUUCAUGUAAUUUCUAUUUUAUAUUAAAUUUGUCAUUUCAAUUUUGAUUAGUUUUCACAGUUUGUAAGUUUAAGUUUCGCUUUUGUUUUCUCAGUGUUUUGUUAUUUCAGUUUAGUUUUAUUUAUUUAUUUUUUUUACUGUUGUAAUUUAAAAAGUCUAACAUCAUUACAUUUCUCAGGGCAUUUCUUGUGUUACCUCUAUCUAGUGGUAUUUGCGUGUUUAAUGUGGAUUGUAUGUGUUGCGAAUUUUAUAAUAUAGGGUGAAUAUGGUCAAAGUGACCAAGUUUAAGAUAAAUUCAGUGACAUUUAAGCUUGAUCACCAUUGUAUCAAUAUGAAUUUCCUUAAAUCAUUAUUAAACAAAUCUUUGGGAAGUAAACAAUUAAAGGGAUAGUUCACAGUAAAAUUAAAGUUCUCUUAUCAUUUACUCACCACAAAUGAAUAUAUUUAGAAGAAUAUCUCAGCUCUGUAGAUCCAUAAAAUGCAAGUGAAUGGGUGCCAAUAUAAAGGCAGCAUAAAAUGAAUCCAUAAGACUUCAGUGGUUUAAUCCAUUUCUUUAGAAGCGAUAUGAUAUGUGUGGGUGGGAAACAGAUCAAUAUUUAAGUCCUUUUUUUAAUGUAAACCUUGACAUCAGCAGUUCUAAAAAUCUUUGUUUUCAGCAGAAGAAAGUCACACAUGGGAUGGCAUGUGGGUGAACAAGAUUUGACUUUUAAUCUUUGGGUCAACUAUCCCUUUAUCUUUUUGAGGUUUUAAAUGGAUGAUUUUAUUUUGGGAUGUGUGGCAGAGCUCAUUUAAUUUUCCCACUGGAGGGAAAAGCAAUGGUACAGAAAAUGACAGAAAUUUAAUGUAAAUCAUGUUAAGGUUAUAAAAAAGUAAAAGUUAACAAUGUAAUGAUGUGAA